AUGACAGUCAUUGAGGACCACCCUAGACCGACUCUACUGCGACCACCAGAGCACGAUGAGAGCAAGUCUCUGAUUGAGAAUGUAUUGGACGUCACAGAGAUCAAGGUUCUAGGCCCUGACAUCUUUACAAACACACAACCUCAAUGGCAUCCUCCUGGUGCUCGCGGUAUCUAUGGAGGUGCUGUCAUUGCACAAUGUCUUGCUGCCGCGCAAAAGACCGUCCCAGAGACGUUCCUAGUACACUCAUGCCACUGCUACUUCCUGCUCGCGGGCAACUCUGAGAUACCCAUUCUCUACCACGUUGAGCGUGUACGCGACGGACGCUCGUACUCAACACGCACGGUCCAAGCGCGGCAAAAGGGCGCGUGCAUCUUUACCACCACCAUCAGUUUCGUGCGUGAGACACCUCCUGAGAAGAAGCGACGGGAGGUCAGCCAUGCGGCAAGCCUGCCCAAGGAUGUGAGCCCGCCCACGGACGACUGGGAUGGCGAGCCAGAGUGGGCAAGGACUGGGCCGUUCCAGAGCCACAGAAUUGAAGUAUUGGGCGCCCAGGACCCAAACUGCAAGCCACAGGACCGCAAGAGCAGACAGUGGAUGCGCUCGCGGCAAAAGAUCUCAGCUGGUGGUGGCCACCAGGCACAUCUCAACGCCUUGGCCUACAUGUCAGACAGCUACUUCAUCGGCACAGUCUCCCGCCUCCACGGACUGUGGCGCUUCCCGUUCUCCCCAGAAGAGGUGCCCUCGCUGGAUGAGAAGACCCAGGAGCAGGUCAAGAGCCUGUGCGAGUUUGAAGGCAUGGGCAGCAACGUGGAGGACUGGAAGGGGCGGGCACAGGUGGGAAUGCUGGUGAGUCUGGAUCACAGCAUCUACUUCCACGAGCCAAUGGCAGUCAAGGCGGACGAGUGGAUGUUUACGGAGAUGGAGAGUCCGUGGGCGGGAGAUGGCAGGGGUGUUGUUACACAGAAGAUAUUUGGUAAGGACGGGGCGUUGCUGGCGACGUGUUUCCAAGAGGGUGUUGUUCGACUUAAGCAGGAUGGCGGAGAGAAGGGUGCGAAGCUGUGA